CCGGGGCCCGGGCACGCUCCGGGGGCGCGGCGAGGCCGAGGGGGCGGGCGCCGGGCGGAGCCGGAGCCGGAGCCGGGGUGCCUGGAGGCGAUCGGGCCGCUCUCUCCGAGCCCAGAGCAGUGGAGAGACCGUGCGGCGGGGGUCGGGGCCGGAGCGCAGCCCCGGGGCUGAGGUGGGCCGAGAGGAGCCGCGACCCCAGCGGCCGGAGCGGCGCCAGGAGCCUCCCACCGGGCGCGGAGGCCGGGCGGGCCCGGGCCAUGCGCGCCGCUCCUUGAGGCCAAGGGAAACCGCGAUGGAGGUGCCGGCGGGGGAGCCCCCGGCUCGGGGCUGCGGCCCCCCGCCUGCUCCCGCCCCGGAGAGGAAGAAGAGCCACCGCGCGCCGUCGCCGGCCCGGCCCAAGGACGUGGCCGGCUGGUCUCUGGCCAAGGGCCGCCGCGGCCCAGGCCCGGGCGCCGCGGCCGCUUGCAGCGCCGCGUCCUCGGCGAGGCCGGACAAGAAGGGGCGUGCGGUGGCGCCCGGGGCGCGGGGCGCAGGGACGCGAGUUGCCGGGGUCCGCACCGGGGUCCGCGCCAAGGGCCGUCCGCGCCCGGGGACCGGGCCGCGACCGCCGCCACCGCCGCCCAGCCUCACCGACAGCAGCUCGGAGGUGUCGGACUGCGCGUCGGAGGAGGCGCGCCUGCUGGGCCUGGAGCUGGCGCUGAGCAGCGACGCCGAGUCGGCUGCCGGGGGCCCCGGGGGGGCCCGCACGGGACAGCCGCCCCAGCCGGCGCAGCCGGCACAGCAGCCUCCGCGGCCCCCCGCCUCCCCCGAGGAGCCGUCGGUGGCCGCGUCGUCGGUGGGCAGCAGCCGCCUGCCCCUCAGUGCCUCGCUCGCCUUCUCCGACCUCACCGAGGAGAUGCUGGACUGUGGACCCGGCGGCUUCGUGCGAGAGCUGGAGGAGCUGCGCUCGGAGAACGACUAUCUCAAGGACGAGAUCGAGGAGCUGCGGGCAGAGAUGCUGGAGAUGCGGGACGUCUAUAUGGAAGAGGAUGUGUAUCAGCUGCAGGAGCUGCGGCAGCAGCUGGACCAGGCCAGCAAGACCUGUCGCAUCCUGCAGUACCGGCUGCGCAAAGCUGAGCGCCGCAGCCUCCGGGCUGCCCAGACCGGCCAGGUGGACGGCGAGCUCAUCCGUGGCCUGGAGCAAGAUGUCAAGGUCUCUAAAGACAUCUCAGUGCGGCUGCACAAGGAGCUGGAGGCGGUGGAGAAGAAACGGGCGAGGCUGGAAGAGGAGAAUGAGGAGCUUCGGCAGCGGCUUAUUGAGACUGAGCUGGCCAAGCAGGUGCUGCAGACCGAGCUGGAGCGGCCGAGAGAGCACUCCUUGAAGAAAAGAGGAACGCGCUCCCUGGGGAAGACGGACAAGAAGCCUUCAGUGCAGGAGGACAGCGCGGACCUGAAGUGCCAGCUGCACUUUGCGAAGGAAGAGUCGGCGCUCAUGUGCAAGAAGCUCACCAAGCUGGCCAAGGAGAACGACGGCAUGAAGGAGGAGCUGCUCAAGUACCGCUCGCUCUACGGGGACCUAGACGGCGCCCUGUCGGCGGAGGAGCUGGCGGAUGCCCCCCACUCGCGGGAGACGGAGCUCAAGGUGCAUCUGAAGCUGGUGGAGGAGGAAGCCAACCUGCUGAGCCGCCGCAUCGUGGAGCUGGAGGUGGAGAACCGCGGCCUGCGGGCCGAGAUGGACGACAUGAAGGAUCACGGCGGCGGCGGCUGCGGGGCCCCAGAGGCCCGCCUGGCCUUCUCCGCGCUGGGCGGUGGCGAGUGCGGGGAGAGCCUAGCCGAGCUGCGUCGACACCUGCAGUUCGUGGAGGAGGAAGCCGAGCUGCUGCGGCGCUCCUCCGCGGAGCUGGAGGAUCAGAACAAGCUGCUGCUGAGCGAGCUGGCCAAGUACCGCUCGGAGCACGAGCUGGACGUGACGCUGUCCGAGGACAGCUGCUCGGUGCUCAGCGAGCCCUCGCAGGAGGAGCUGGCGGCCGCCAAGCUGCAGAUUGGCGAACUCAGCGGCAAGGUCAAGAAGCUGCAGUAUGAGAACCGCGUGCUCCUCUCCAACCUCCAGCGGUGUGACCUGGCCUCCUGCCAGAGCACGCGGCCCAUGCUGGAGACGGACGCCGAGGCUGGCGACUCCGCCCAGUGCGUGCCAGCUUCCCUGGCCGAGGCCCCGGGGCCCACGGCCACUCGGCUCUGCCGGGCCCGGGAGGCCGAGGCCCUGCCGGGGCUGCGGGAGCAGGCCGUCCUGGUCAGCAAGGCCAUCGACGUCCUGGUGGCCGACGCCAACGGCUUCUCGGCCGGCCUGCGCCCCUAUCUGGACAACGAGUGCGUCGACUUCCGGCUGCUCGAGGCCCCAGACAACAACAGCGAGGGCCCCAGGGACGCCAAGCUGAUGCACGCUCUCCUGGUGCGGCUGAGCCUGUUCCAGCAGGAGCUCAACGCCUUCACGAGGAAGGCGGACUCGGUCCUCGGGGGCCCCGUCAAGGAGCCUCCGGAGCCCUUCUCCACACUGCCUGCCUUGAGCUCCCAGGGGCCCUCCAAGGAGAUUCUUCUGGCCAAAGACCUUGGCUCAGACUUCCAGGUGCAGCCUCCUGACCUCAGGGACCUGCCAGAAUGGGAGCCCAGGAUACGAGAGGCCUUCCACACCAGCGACCUGGACUCCAAAUCUGACCCUAGCCGGAGCUUCAGGCCUUACCGAGCUGAAGACAAUGAUUCCUACGCCUCUGAGAUCAAGGAGCUGCAGCUGGUGCUGGCCGAGGCCCACGACAGCCUCCGGGGCCUGCAAGAGCAGCUCUCCCAGGAGCGGCAGCUCCGGAAGGAGGAGGCCGAAAGCUUCAAUCAGAAAAUGGUGCAGCUGAAGGAGGACCAGCAGAGGGCGCUCCUACGGCGCGAGUUUGAGCUCCAGAGUCUGAGCCUACAGCGGAGGCUGGAGCAGAAAUUCUGGAGCCAGGAGAAGAACAUGUUGGUGCAGGAGUCCCAGCAGUUCAAGCACAACUUCCUCCUGCUCUUCAUGAAGCUCAGGUGGUUCCUCAAGCGCUGGCGGCAGGGCAAGGUUUUGCCCAGCGAGGGGGAUGACUUCCUUGAGGUAAAUAGCAUGAAGGAGCUGUACCUGCUAAUGGAGGAAGAGGAAUUGAAUGCCCAGCAUUCUGAUAACAAGACCUGCACAGGGGACAGCUGGACCCAAAACACGCCCAAUGAGUACAUCAAGACACUGGCCGACAUGAAGGUGACGCUGAAGGAGCUAUGCUGGCUGCUCCGGGAUGAACGCCGUGGCCUGACUGAGCUUCAGCAACAGUUUGCCAAGGCCAAGGCCACCUGGGAAACAGAGCGGGCGGAGCUCAAGAGCCAUACUGCCCUGAUGGAGCUGAAGGCUGGGAAGGGGGCUGGGGAUCGGACGGGGCCUGACUGGAAGGCAGCCCUGCAGAGGGAGCGGGAGGAGCAGCAGCACCUCCUGGCCGAGUCCUACAGCGCGGUCAUGGAGCUGACGCGGCAGCUGCAGGUCAGCGAGCACAACUGGGCCCAGGAGAAGCUGCAGCUGGUGGAGCGGCUUCAGGGUGAGAAGCAGCAGGUGGAGCAGCAGCUAAAGGAGCUGCAGAAUCGCCUGAGCCAGCUGCAGAAAGCUGCUGACCCCUGGGUCCUAAAGCACUCAGAUCUGGAGAAGCAGGACAACAGCUGGAAAGAGACCCGCAGUGAAAAGAUCCACGACAAAGAAGCUGUUUCUGAAGCUGAGCUUGGGGGAACCGGCUUAAAGAGAACCAAAUCUGUUUCCUCCAUGUCGGAGUUUGAGAGUUUGCUGGACUGUUCCCCGUACCUCGCCGGGGAAGCCUCCCGGGGCAAAAAGCUGCCCAACAGCCCUGCUUUUGCCUUCGUGGGCGCCCAGCCAGUGGACCCGGAGAAGGGUGCCCCCGAACAGCCAGGGCUCUCGCCCCGUGACUGCAACCGCCUGGGCGCCCUGGGCUGCCCGGAGCCGGCGGGGAGGCAGAUGCAACGCAGCUACACAGCGCCCGACAAGACGGGCAUCCGCGUGUACUACAGCCCCCCGGUGGCCCGGCGCCUGGGCGUCCCCGUGGUCCAUGACAGGGAGGGGAAGAUCAUCAUCGAGCCGGGCUUCCUUUUCACCACAGCCAAGCCCAAAGAGUCGGCCGAGGCGGACGGGUUGGCCGAGAGCUCCUACAGCCGCUGGCUCUGCAACUUCUCCCGGCAGCGCCUGGACGGCGGCUCCGGGGGCGGCCCCUCGGCGGCGGGGCCUGGCUUCCCAGCGGCCCUGCAUGACUUCGAGAUGUCGGGGAACAUGAGCGACGACAUGAAGGAGAUCACCAACUGCGUGCGCCAGGCCAUGCGCUCGGGCUCGCUGGAGCGGAAGGUGAAGAGCACGUCCAGCCAGACGGUGGGCGUGGCCAGUGUGGGCACGCAGACUAUCCGCACGGUCAGCGUGGGCCUGCAGACCGACCCGCCCCGCGGCAGCCUGCACGGCAAGAGCUGGUCGCCGCGCGGCUCCUCGCUCGUGUCCGUGCGCAGCAAGCAGAUCUCAUCUUCCCUGGACAAGGUGCACGCGCGCAUCGAACGGCCCUGCUGCUCACCCAAGUACGGCUCGCCCAAGCUCCAGAGGCGCUCUGUGUCCAAGCUGGACGGGGCCAAGGACCGCAGCCUGUGGAACCUGCACCAGGGCAAGCAGAACGGCUCGGCCUGGGCGCGCUCCACCACCACGAGGGACAGCCCUGUGCUGAGGAACAUCAACGACGGGCUGUCCAGCCUCUUCAGCGUGGUGGAGCACUCGGGGAGCACGGAGUCGGUCUGGAAACUUGGCAUGUCCGAGGCCCGGGCCAAGCCUGAACCGCCCAAGUACGGCAUCGUGCAGGAGUUCUUCCGCAACGUGUGUGGCCGGGCGCCGAGCCCCACGGCGUCCGCGGCUGGAGAAGAGGGCGCCAAGAAGCCGGAGCCCCUCUCCCCAGCCAGCUACCAUCAACCCGAGGGCAUGGCUAGGAUCCUGAACAAGAAGGUGGGCAAGUCGGGCGGCAGUGAGGAGGCCAGGCUCUCCGUGCUCCCGCAGGUGGGGAAGGAUGGUAUCACUCGAGAUGGAGAUGGAGCCACGGUCCUUCCCAAUGAGGAUGCAGUGUGUGACUGCAGCACCCAGUCUCUCGCCUCCUGCUUUGCCCGGCCAUCCCGCUCUACCAUCCGCCACUCUCCUUCCAAGUGCAGGCUGCACCCUUCAGAGUCUGGCUGGGGUGGGGAGGAGCGGGCAGCCCCGCCCAGCGAGUGAUAGAGCAGCGGAGCUCCUCACCUCGACCAGCCCCCGCCCCUGGACAGCCGAAGGGAACCAGUGGAGAGGAGAAGACGCUUGGGGCCUGCAAGCUCCCUGCAUCUCUCGCCCUGGAGGGCUGCAUCUCUGCCAUGGAAGCGCUUUCCCAGCCAGGUAAAGCAGGGUCUCCUGCUGACUGCUGGGUGGUGAUCUCUGACUUCCCAGGGGAAGGCAGCGAGUGGGAGAAAGACCAAAACUGGGCUUCGGAAGCGUCUCCAGAGAGAGCCGUUGAGAGCUGAUUCCUGGAUCGUAAGUUGGGAGAGCCUUGCCUGGUUCCGCCCACACCCACUUCUCAGAAGAGCCAAGGAAAGGAUCCACUUCCAGCCAUGCGCCUCAGGGAAAAGGGCUCACAGAGAUGUUCCCGGCCAACCACAUCCCUCUUCAUGGGGAGGAAACACCGAUGAGAAGAACAGGGUUUGCUCUAGGGCUUAACAUGGGGUGUCUGGUGGAGCUGAGCUGGGCGUCACCCCAUCCCUCUCUUCCCUCCGCCGCCACCGCCUCCUCCUUCCAGCCCUGCUGCUCUGGAUUGCCACAGUUCUAGGGGAUAUGAUAGGGCAGUAGCCACAGUCAGGUAUCUGCUUGGAAUCCUGGGGCCCUGGAUCUCCCUGCCCAUAGCUCAGAUGCAGCAAGACCUAGAACGUGAGGUAGAAAUGUGAGGGGCCCAGGGUCGGGGAGCCACUGGAACUACCUUUCUUGCUAAGGUGACUUGGGGGGACACCAGCCUUCCCAGGAGACUCCUUGAGGACAGACAUAGGUAGAGUCCAUCUCAAGACCAGGUGCACAGAUAUAUAAAUGCCUAAUUGCCCACUGCCUUGAUUGCUGGGGCCUCUUUCCCCAGCACCCUGGAGGGGUGCCACAUCUCUACUGUGUUUACAUCCUGCAGCUGGUGGAGGGCAGCGAUGUUCCCAAAAAGAGACUCCCAGUUGGCCAGAUCAGGCCCAGGAGCCUUCCACGAGGCCGGUGCCCCAGGACAUGGCAAUGCACUGGGGCCUAGAAACACAUUUCUUGCCUAGGUUGUUUAUUUUGAGUUUUUCUUACUAUAAAUAUUUAAGGUGGUUUUACUUUAUUUUAAUAAUUUAAUUUACCCCACAGUCCCUAAGGUAAUUUAUUGGAGGUUGAGACAUGUACUCUCAUCACUGGGACAAUGCAAGGCUUUAACAUGAUGGAUGGAUGGUCCCCUCUGUGGACAAGGCAACUCAGCAGGCGAGCUCUGGUCUCCUGGUUCAGGUUUGGAGGGGGCCCCAGCAGAGGUCCCCACAAAUCUGCUGACCCUUUGGCCUCAGAGCACCACUUGUAUGUUCCACACCUGCUAAUUGCCCGCCCCCAGCCGUGAGUUUGUAAAUACUCACAGGACAGAGGGCUGGACCAGCAGCACCGCUUCCCAGUCACUUCCCAUUUUCCUUCUCAUUUUCCUCCCUCCUUCUGACACCUUUAUUUUGGUUUCUAAUGAGUCCAACACAGAUUACUAAGGCUUUAUCAAGAGCAUGGAGAUCUUUCCAAGUUCCCUAAGUGAGAACUCGCAGGAAAACAGGACUGAACUUCGAGAAUGUUGUUUAUUGCAGCUUUGCACAUGGAUCUGAGAGUGUCUGCCAGCCUGCCUCAGUUCUCACCAGCCUCCAGCCUUUUCGCCAGCCUCUUCCUUAGCCUUAUGGACUCUCCAGGCUCGUCUCUCAGCCCCAGCCCCACUGCCCACCCUUCCCCCUGUUGCAUGUGAGCUGUCUGAGCCAUCGGGCGGAGUGCAGCACAGCUCAUUUCAGUGGUGACAGGGCAGGGGAACGCGGAGGGUCUCCCCCAUGGUGCCAGUGAACCCAUUCUGGUUGCACACAUACCUGCAUAUCUGCGUGUAACUGGUUGGGGGCUCAGAAUGAAAACAUCAGGAUAAAGUGGCUUAUCUGUGAAUUUUCUAUCAGGAAGACCAAAAGCCGGCAGCUUGGCUAGUGUGUCCCCAGGACUCAGGAGAUGCCUCUGUGCUCCCAGCCACCAGCCCCCAGCCUUGCCCUUUCUGGGGCAUCUGGAUCAGUUACCCAAAUACCUUCAUCUCCAUUGCCUAUCGGCAGAACUUUGGGGUCACGUUAGUACAACCAGCCACUUCUUCAUACCAUAGUGACCUGUGUGGGCAGAGCAGGCAGGUCAGUGGAGCCAAGGGCCAGGCCCCUCUGGGAUGCCAGUGCUCCCACCCAAGAGGUCAGGGGGCCCCUCCAAUGCUAUCUCCAAGGGAAGGGGGUUCACACCAGGCCACAAGCUACCAGAGGCCUUCUGCCACCUCCCUGGGCUACAGAGGGCCAGGGAGGCUGCACUUCUAGCCUUGGGGAGGAAUCCUCAUGAGACCUGGACCCUGCUGACUGCUCAGCCUUACCAUCAUUGUUCUCAUCCAAGAUUGUCCUUGCGUUCUCGUUGUCUUAGCGCCUGGCCGUCCAGCCCUCAGCCAGUGUCAGAGGCCUCAGACCUUGGUUUUCAGUAAAGUCCCAGUUUCUGCUUCCUGCAUGCCACUGGGCAAGGUCACUCAUCACUGUUCCUACAGAAGCCUCUGGACAUGGGGCUUGAUGAGGUUGAAAAUGUUACAUGUAAAUAUUCGUUUGAUUUGGGUUUUAGCAUUUUAAUUAGUAACUUGUUGUGUUUUCCUCUUUUGGGGUGGGGGGUUGUCUUGUAAAAACUCUCUACUCUUUUGGAAUGUAGUUUCUAAGUUUUUUUUGUUUCUUCAAAUGCCUUUUAAGUUCUUGGUACCAUUCCUGAAGCAGAAAACUGCCUGGCCCACCGUGAGGACUCCCCAGGAGCACCGGGUCCCAGCAACUUCUUUGCUGCCUCUUUACUCCCAGCAACUUCCUUUUCUUCCUCACCCUCUGUCCCUCUUUUUCCUUUCCUUUCCCUCUAUCUUUGUUCUCUUCAGCCAAAGUCCCAAGGAACCCUGGGGUCCUAAUUCCCCACAGGCCCGUAGGCUUGGAUCCAUUGUGUUGGCACCAGUUGGUUGAGGGGAAAUGGAGACCAGUUGGCAUGACUGACCCCAAACUGGGUGAUCUUGUGUUUCUGACAUCUGACCUCUUCCCACAGCCAAAUCAGACCCUCUUGGGGGCAAUGAUGUCUGUAUUUGAAAUGAAAUUCAAACUACUCUGGCACGUCAGUGGCCCCUAGAUCCUGCAUGCACGAGGUAUCAAUAUUCAAGUCCCUGUCACCCUGGCAGCCCUCUCCCCCCCCAGUUUUGUCCCCACCAAAGGCUGACCAAUUAAAAAACCCCUUCUAAGGGGUCUUGCUGAAAACGGCCCCUUCCCUUGGUCUCCCCAGGGAUGCUCCUCUACCAGCUGCUCUCCCAGGUGACAAAGUCGAGGGUCCAAGACUUGACCUUCUUGUGCCCUGACUGCCACAUGGCUCCCUCCUGCCUGCCUGCAUCCACUUUCCAUGGUUUCAUCACGUGGCCUGUUCUCCUCUUGCCCAUCCAACUUCUAGGGCCUUCCUCCCUUUCCUCUCCCAUCUAGAAUGCCCUCCCCCUCAGCUUUGCCAGUCUUCCAGGCUCAUCAGCCCCCGAAUCCCACCACCUCUUCAUUAAUAAUUAAGUCCCUGGACACCUUUUCUAGAGCACAUGGCUAUUUAGAAAUUGCUUCCCCUGCCACAUCUCCUUCAGGCUUCUACAUGCUAACUCUGGGAGGCAACCUUGGCAGGACGGGGUUUAGUGCUCCCAUUUUACAGAUGAGGAAACUGAGGUACAGGUCUCAUUCUAGAGUUGCCUAACUAGGAAGUCAUCAAGUUCAGACUAGAACCUAGGUCCACUGGAACCCUCAGUCCAACCUUGUCCCUUGCUGUGUUAACCUACUGCUCCACUGGGGGCUUUGUGUGGGUGCAGAAUACCCAGACUGUGCCACUGCCCAACCCAGACAUAAAACCAGUCUACCCUGAAUCUCUGGACCUGUGUGUCCCAGAGGGUGGUGUGGGGACCCCUGCAUCAGAAUCCUCUGUGGACAUGUCCAAAAUGCAGCUUCUUGGGCCCCACCUCACCCCAGAGGGCCAGGAAUCUGCAUAUCUAACAAACUCCCAGAGAGAUCCUAAAUACCAGUGCCAUGCCAUUGAUGUUCACAGCCUUGACCAUUGUUGUUCAGUUGCUCAGUCAUGUCCGACUCUGUGACCCCGUAGACUGCGGCACGCCAGGCUUCCCUGUCCUUCACCAUCUCCAAUUAGGCCAUCUUUUUUAAGCCCAAUAACCACAGUGUUACAUCUUUAGAAGAGCCUUGAGUCGAGAAUUAGGGGACUUGGUCCUCAACCCAGCUCUGAUUUGGGUUAAUUAUGCUGAGAAUUUCCAAAAAGCACCGGAGGCAAUUUACAAUCUUAGUCGUAAAGUUUCAGUAAAACAACAGAAGAAAAAAAAAGUCAAAAGGCAAGAGGAAUUAUCAUUCCCCAAAUCUAUCUUCCCAGGUGGCACAGUGGGUAAAGAAUUCUGCCAACGCAGGAAAUGCAGGAUCUUCCUGGGUCAGGAAGAUCCCCUGGAGGAGGAAAUCGCAACCCACUCCAGUGUUCUUGCCUGGAAAAUCCCAUGGACAGAGGAGUGUGCAGGACUCCAGUCCAUGGGGUUGCACAGAGUCGGACAGAACUGAGUAAGCACGCGCGCGCGCACACACAUACACACACACACACACACACACACAGAGUUAUAUCUACCUGACGUGAUUCCCAUAAUCCUGCAAUUAAAUUUUGCUCUGGAGUUUCCUGGCAGCUAUGGUAAAAAGGGAAGCAUAUCACUUUCAUGACUCUCAUCAUCCAGUCAUGGGAAGUGACAACAUUUGCCCCAGGAGGCAAACUCUUAUGCUAAUUUAGAGCAUGUGUCCUUUCUUCAAAGGCCACUAAGUCAGUUGUGGUAUGAACCUAAAAUGCAAGGAUGUUUUCCAGGUCACUAUUUUAAAAAUAAUAAUAAACUGCCACCGACUUGAAUGACCUUGACCCCAGAGCAUGUGGCUAGUCUGUGCCUCUGUUCCUCCAGCAUCAAAGUGGAAGAAAUCCUACCUCACGUGGCGGUGCUGAGGACCAAAUACAAUACUGUGCCUCUGAGUCUACAGGGGAAAACGUAAGGUUCUACACUGAUGUGAAGCGGUCUGAUCACACUCAUUGUCCCCUAAUGCCCUCACUAGUCUUAGUGAGUAGAAAAGCUAAUAAAUUGGACCAACCCUCUCACUUUAAAAAAAAUUGUGGCCCAAAAUACGUAAUAUAAAACUGUUUUAGCCCUUUUAGUGGCUUUAAAUACAUUCACACAGUGGUACAACCAUCAGGACUAUCCAUUUCCAGAACUUUUUCAUCACCCCAAACCGAAACUCUGUACCCACUAAACAGUAACUCCCCAUCCUUCCCUCAGGCCCCUGAUAACCUCUAUUCUACUUCCUGUCUCUAUGAAUUUACCUAUUCUAAGUAUUCUAAGUGGAAUCACAGAGUGUUGGUCCUUUUUUGUCAAAGCCCUCACUGUUUUGGAUGAGGAAUUGGGCCCAGAGAAGGGAGUUCCUCACCCAAGGUCACACAGCAAACGAGGCAGAGUCAGGACCAGAAUUCAGGUUUCCUGACUCCCAGCAGGUUCUGCAUUCCUGGGGGGGAUACCCCAACUACCAUUCCCUGAUCUUGGCUGAACCCUGUCUUCUCUCUGGGCUCAGCCUAUUUGCUUCCCACCACCCAUCCAUCCUUUAUCACCUUCCUCUAAAGCCUCCCCUCCUUCUGCUUCCUCUUCUCUGACUGGUUCCCACCAGCAGAUCGGGUGGCCCUGACCCAUGGCCAGGUUUUCCUCUUCUGAGCCCCGGGCUUCUUUGUAACACCCACCCCCUUCAGCCCUCCCAGAAUGGCCUCCUGUGGAUUUCCUGGCCCCUCAGGCUCACAUCCCCAUCCUCCCGUGUCUGUGGUCUCCCAACUCCUGAUGUUUACUUUCAGAUCUGAUUGUGUUUCCUGGGUUUUGUUUUCUCACACUGAAGGGGGAACCUUUCCCCCAUGCCUCAGGCUGGGCUUGGCCCAGUGACUGCCCCCAGCCCAGAAAGACAUCCCCAUCUCACCCUUGCGUCCCAUUUUCUUCCAUCCACAGCCUCCCGACAGGACCCCGGCACUAUCCACUGGGAUUUGGCAGAGGUCACUGGGACCCCCAUUUUGGCUUCCCCUAUCCUGCCCAGUCCUGCAUAGCCUUGUUUGUAAAGCAGAUGCAGCCUGACUUGGGUUCUUCCCUCCUCUCCCUGGCCAUCUGUCCAUCUGUCUGCCUGUCCAUUUGACAUCCCACCACCCUCUCUACCCUCCCCUGGAUCUCUCUGCCUCUGAAUAGCUUGCCCUGGUGGAACCUGUAGCCCACCCUGGCAUUACCCCUUAUCCCUUCUGUAGUAUUUGCAGUUUGCAAAGUCCAUAGAGCCAAGAACCAAAGGGAACUGGUGACAAGGUGACCCCUUGCCCAGGGCUCCCCCUCCCCACCCUUCCCCGCACCCUCCUUGGACCCUCCUUUGUCUACCCCAUCAGCCUUGCUCGCCUCCCUUCCUGCCCUUCACCAGCUCCCUGAACCCCAGGCGGUAAGGAAAGGAGCUCUGGUUUCCCCUAAGCAUCCUUGAAGGGCCAAAGUCAUCAAGGCCUGACCAUCUUGUCUUUCUCUGCUCUAUACCACUCAAACUGCUCCUGUGCAAAGGAACUUCAGCCAGGAUUUUGGAGACCUGGCCCAGGUCUGGGCAGUUGUCCUGACUUCUCUGUUUGGUUGGUUGUAUGAUUUUACGAUGAUGAUCCUUAGGGACCCCAGAGCACCCCUCAUGUUUUGGGGUCCUGCAUCACCAUCCUCUCUCCACUGGGCCCUGGUAUCGUGGCUCCUCUCUCAGCUCUGCUACUGAUCUCUGUGCCUUAGUUUACGUCUCCGCACAGGGGCCUCACCACGAGACUAUUCCCGGCAGCUUCCCAAUUUGGUGCCUCUAAGGCAGGGCCUUGGCAGCUGUGGCCCAGCUCCCUGGCACUGUCUUCUUAGGGUACCAAGUUGCUGAGGAUGAGAUGCCUGGAGGUUCUCAAAGAAGCCAGAGCAUCACCUGGGAACUUGACAGAAAUGCAAAGUAUUGGCCCCACUCAAGAACUACAAAACUAGAACUUUGGCGGGGGUAGGGGGAGGGCAGCAAGCUGGGGGUUUAAGAAGCUCUCCAAAUGAUUCUGAUAUACAUAGGCGUUUACUGCCUGCCGAUCUAAACCAGCAGAUAGUGUGGCCUGGUGAAGGACCGAGGCUGGUCCUGACCAGGAACAAGUGGGAAACAUCAAGCUCAUCUGGAUUUCUGAGGCUGGCAACCCUGGCCAUCCCUACCCAAAGCAAAACACAUCUGUGUUCUCCUCUUCCCAGAAACUGGGGGACUGGGAAAAGGCAGGCAUUUUUCCUUUCCCUACCCCUGGUUUGGUUCCAGUUCUACCCACCUCUCCUACUUGUCUGGGUUUUACUAAAGGUUGUAUAGGGUUGUGCCAGCCAGGCAGGGGGUGGGCAUCCUGUGGGGUGGGGGCAGGAGACAAAAGACCCUGACCCUUUAUCCCUUGGGAAUCUCACCAUAGGCUUAUGGCUUCUUUUCAAAGGGAAAGAAACUUAGGUUCUCAAAGAAAGACUCCUAAAUCCCCAGCCAGCUCCUCCUCCUCCCACCUCCAGAGAGACCUUAUAGACAGUGCCAAAAAGCAGUUCCUGCCCCUGGGGGCUGAGGGGAGAGAGCCAAAAGCUGUCCCUCAACCUGGCCCCCCAUCCCAAACCCCCGCCAAUACUGUGAAACCCCCUUCCAGACCAUCCUGGUUUCCUGGUGUGGACCCUGAAGUCGUGGGCCCAAGGGGUCCCCCAGGGAAAGGCCUUUGGGAAGGAAGGGACCAGGGGCAUCCUUGGGCCAAACUCUUUGCCUCUCCUGUCCGCUCUUUCUCCUCUCUACUCCUUUCUUCAGAAGGCUCCUUCCCAGGAGGUAUUGGGUGCUAGACAACCGUGGUCCAGUCUGCCAGCUCUCCUUCCCUCCCAUGUCUUAUUUCAGACAUGAGAAUAACUGUACAGUGUAAACUUACAAAGGGUUUUUAAUGGUUGUAGAUUGGAAAUAAAGUAUGUCAUAUGAACAGUUUC